GUAAAAAAACUUGACCCAUCAUCACUACAUUCCAUUCAUCAGGCUUAGCUUUGACCUUCAGUUAUAUCUUCUUCUUUCUUCUUUCUUCUUCCUCUUAAUAUAAAACCCAAUUCUCAUACUUACCCACAACAAUGCAACUAUACUUGUUCAGUCACAAAACAAUGUCUUUUGAAAUUUGCAUUGUACCCUUUUGGGGGCAAGGCCAUCUUUUUCCCUGCAUCGAGCUAUGUAACCGUUUAACAUCAAGAAACGUUAACAUCACCCUCAUCAUCCCUUCCACCAUUAACACUUCUCUUCCCUCUUCCCUCCUUCAACACCCUCUCAUUCGAAUCGCCCAGUUCCCACCUCCACCGCCAUCCGACGACAACCUAGCGCCGGAGCUCGAACGCAUCCUCGCCAACAACCCCACCCGACCCGUUUGCGCCAUCGUUGACAUCAUGAUGACCUCCUGCUCCACCCCAGUUUUUACCAAAUUCCAUAUCCCCAUGGUAGCCUUCUUCACCUCCGCCGCCUGCUCCGCCGCCAUGGAACUCGCCACCUGGAAAGCUCAACCUUUAAACCUCGAACCCGGAGAGACCCGUUUACUCCCCGGAUUGCCCGAAAACAUGGCAAUUACGCAUUCGGACCUUAAACCACGACCUCAUCAUCCUCAUCCUCCGCCGAUGGUCGGUGCAUCGCUGCAUUGCGGAGGAGCAACCAGGUUUCCUCCGCCUCCAGGGAAGGGACCACCGCACCACGGCGGAGGAUUCGGGUUUCCUCCGCCGCCGGGGAAGGGACCACCUAAACUGGGGGGGCCGCCACCGUGGCUGGAUGAUGUUCGAGAAAGCAGCGCGGUGAUCAUCAACACGUGUGAUGAUCUGGAGCGUCCAUUUAUUAAAUACAUAACAAAUCAUAUUGAAAAGCCGGUGUGGGGCGUUGGACCGCUUUUACCAGAGCAGUAUUGGAACUCGACCGCUUCACCUCUCUUAGACCGUGACGUCCGGGCGAACCGCCGGUUCAGCGUCACCGAAGAAGAUGUGACCAAUUGGUUAGAUUCAAAGCCACGUGGGUCGGUUCUGUAUGUGUCGUUUGGUACAGAGGUGGGUCCCACCUCCGAGGAGAACGAAGAACUCGGUAAAGCCCUGGAGUCAUGUGAAGAACCAUUCAUUCGGGUGAUUCAAGAGGGUUCAAGUAGUGAAGAAGGGUAUUUUGGGAAUAGGGGUAUGAUAAUACGUGGGUGGGCACCACAGUUGUUGAUACUGAGUCAUCCUUCAACGGGUGGGUUUUUGUCUCAUUGUGGAUGGAACUCGACGGUGGAGGGUGUUGCACGUGGGGUUCCGUUCAUGGCGUGGCCCAUUAGAGGUGACCAAUACCAUGAUGCUAAGUUGGUGGUGUCUCAUCUUAAGGUGGGUUACAUGGUGAGUGAUGAUAUGUCGGAGAAGAUAACCAAAGAUCAUAUUGUUAGGGGAAUAGAGAAGUUGAUGGGCGACAAAGAGAUGAAAAGGAAUGCUGAGAUUCUAAGUGCCAAGUUUCAGCACGGGUUUCCUGGAAGUUCGGUUCAGACUUUAGAUGAUUUUAUUCACCAUAUCAAGCAUUGAUGCCUCCGUUGCUACCCCAAUAUGUUCUCUCUAGUGAAUCGAAGAACUGACUGAGAUUUAAAUAAUGAAAAGUGAUGAUGUUCUUUUCCGAAAUAAAUGUUAUGUUUUGAACAGAGAAUGUUACUGUGCAGAUACUGGCGACAAAUUAAAGUGCAAAUAAAUGGAUAAGGAAAAUAAGAAAUAAAUAA